CCAUUACACUACCCGAACUUUAAUUUAUCGUUGAUGUCGGUUUGCGGUGCACAAAAUUCUGCAAAUCCCCAUUUCUUCAAACCCCAAAAAAAUCCUCAAACCCUAGAAUUGUAGAUGAAAAAUCCCAGAUUUUUUUAUGAAAGUUGAUUUCAAUGGCAUCAAUAGCAGACCAAGAGCAAGAAAACAAUGCUUCCGAAGUUAUGCUUUUGUCUAAAUUUGGGGGAAAACAGAGGAGUAAGAACAAAUGGAGGAAGCUUUCGAAGCAUUCAUCUACUACCUCAGAUUCCCUAAUCAACACCUUGGAUGAUGGUUGCCUUAUGCACAUUUUCAGCUUCCUCUCUCCUCUUCCUGAUCGUUAUAACACCGCCCUCGUUUGCCACAGAUGGCGAUUCUUGGCAUGCCACCCACACCUAUGGUUGCGAGUAGACCGAACUAUUAAGGAUUUAUCAGAACCUGGUGUGUACUCCAGUAUUGAUGCCGCUGUCUCUGCAGCAAAGCCUGGUGAUACAAUCCUGAUUGCUUCAGGAGGUGUCCAUAUUACCUCUAAUAUUCAGAUCAAGAAGCCUCUCUGCCUGAUAGGUGGAGGUGAACUUCCUGAAGAAACUACUCUUCUUUGUUCCAGGGGCUCUGACAGUGCACUGGAACUGCUUUCGACCUGCAAAGUGACAAACUUGACAGUGAAGGCAGAGCUCGGUUGCUGCUUGCUUCAUAGGAGUGGGAGGUUGAUUAUUGACAGUUGUGUCCUCCAAUGUGAAACAGAUCCUCUGGAUUAUCUUUCAUGCCCCAUAGUUAGCUCAGCCACGGGGCCGAAGAAGUUGCCAUCAUCAACGGCCCGGGGAGAUGGUGUCACUGUUUCUCGUACCCGGAUUGAAGGUGGGGCCAAAGCAGUUUUGACCAUUGGCACCCUUGUCCUGCAGCGUGUACGAGUAAUUUAUGGCCGUACGUCUGUGCUUUUCUGGUUUGAAGUCGAGCACCAAUGAUGGUUCGGUUAACUUCAUCCUCAGCCCUUGUAACAUUCAAGAAAAAACUGUACCUUUUCAAUUCAUUGUUUGUAAAAUUUUCGUUUCCUUGUAUUCUGUAUGUAUAUUACUCUAUAGUUUAUUUUCAUCAUUCAUAAGGCCA